GUCAGAAAUGUGGACGUUUGUUUCUCCGCUGUUUCGCAUUUCUUAUUGUUGACUGAUGCGAGGAUUCUAAAAAAAUCCCUAACAAGUCUUUUUCUUGGCACUUGGUGAGUCUCUCGAGGGAGAUCGUAAUCCUAAUUCCUAAGCCCACACAUAUCUUCAACGGCUUAGCUCGGAUCAGAAGAACAUCGCUUCAAUUCUAUUAGUUGCAGUUUGGCACUCCUCAUAGGGCAUUAGCAGAUAUUAAGUUCCAACAUGAGCAAAGCAGGUGAUUUACCCAAAAUGAAGUUAGAGGCUGGUGAGUUUCCCAAAAAUGGAAGUGAAGCCAUUUAAUAUCGUUAAAACGGAGAUGAAUGAAUUUUCGAAAAAAGAGCCAUCUGGAUUUCCCAUAAUGGAGUUGGAAGCAGGUGAUUUUUCCAAAACAGAGGUGAAGCCAUUCAGUAUCCUUAAAACAGAGCCAGGAGAGUUUCCUAGAAAGGAGCUGUUAGAUUUCUACUUAGUGGCGAAAUUUUUUUCUGACGAAACAGAAUCUGAAUGGGCCUUAGUGGAGAAAUUUUUUUCUGACGAAACAGAAUCUGAAGGGGCCUCGGCUUCUCAGACUAGUACUUUGACAAGCUUGAAAUCAUCAAUUUUCUCACCUGAAUCAGAAAAUAGUUUGAGGAGGAAGAGGGAUUUGCUGAGCCUCUUGUCUAGUUACUCUGUGAAUGCGAGAAUGAUAUUUCAAGAUUUCACAUCAAAGUCAUAUGAUGAGAGGCAGCUGCCGCUUAAUCUACGAGGACUUCUUCCAAAGGAGAUAAUAAGGGAUGCUGAAAAUGGUGAUAGGUCCUGGUCCCGGUCCAGCUCCGGCUUCGGUGAGGCCGACUUGGACUUCAUUCCAGAAGCUAUUCUCAAUUUGGCUCGUGAUCUUGCUGUCCACCAACUCAUCCAAACGUUGAUUUCCUUUUCUAAAAAUCAAAAUCUAAACUAUAUAAAAUACAUCAGAUUGUCAACCAGAAGCGAUGUUGAGAAAAGAGUAGUCAUGGCGAAAGUAGCAGCAGCCUUGAAUGACAAGCAUAAUGUGCUUGACAUUCUGAGUUCAUUUCGUGGAACUCUUAGUAUUGAAGCCUCAAGUUAUCCAACUACAGGAGGAGAGAAGGAACUUCGAAAACAUGUUUGUCAGCUACUUCAGCUUUCAAUGAUUGAAGACGAUGAAGUUUUGUGCACCAGACACAUUGAGGAAGAGAUGUCAAGCAGCAGGUACCUAGUAAUUCUUGCAGACAGGGAUGGUGAGGAAAUUGUCGAUCUACAAAGAGUGGGAUUUUGUAAGAGUCUACUGUCAGGAGUUUUGGUACUCAUUACCACUGAUUCACCAGCACCUCAACAUGCUAAAGAAGAAGGAUUGAUGGAAGCGAUAGUGGACUUGGAAAUUCGGACUAAAGAACAUUUGCUGCCAUGGGUGGUCUUCUGUCACAAUGUGGGGAAGGAUUUUGUAUAUUCAUCAAGUGCCAUCCUGACAACUGCAGUGCGCAUAGUUGAGGAGUGUCGAAGCCACCUUCACGCAAUUCUCCUUGUGGCAAAGUGGUUGAAGAAUCAUCAAGAUGUCAGAAAGUGGGAACUUGCUCUCCUCAAAUUGCAAUCUGCUAAUCCUUCACAAGAUAUCCACAAUUUUCAUGGUUUAAACGAGAUCAUGGUUAACACAUUCCUAAACUUAAUAUGGGAUGGCAUGAAUAAGACACAACAGAAUUGCCUACUGAGCUGUAUAGUCAUCCCUAAAAUUAGAGAUGGCAUGGUUGAUCAUGAAUUGAUGAAUCACUGGAUGUCUUCUCUCUUUGUGGAUGCUGGAGAAACAGAAAAGAACCUAAGACAACUUGUAGAAAAUUCUGUCUUUCUUCAAUUUGAUGGUGUUGGAGGCAGGUAUACUUGGUUACCAGAAGAAACCUAUCAAAUGUUAGAACGGCUAUACAGCUCAUACCCAUUGUUCAUAGAGAAAUCAAACCUAGGGUUGACUGAACCACCCAACCCUGACAAAUGGAAUAAUGCCAUACGAAUUGAAUUAGCAGGCAAUAAAAUCUCUGAGUUACCAAAGUCCCCAGCUUGUCUGGAACUCAAAGUUUUGAUGCUGCAAAGCAAUGCUGAUUUGACAAAAAUACCAUCUUCAUUUUUUGGUCAGAUGCCACUGCUUUGCAUCCUGAACUUAUCUUACACUAGUGUAAGAGAACUGCCAUCUUCAUUGUUUUUUCUGGAGCAGCUUAGAGAACUGUAUCUGAAAGGUUGUGAAUGCUUCAUGAAGUUACCACCUGAAAUUGGAAAUUUGGAGAAGCUUGAGAAGCUUGAUCUUGAUGAGACUCAGAUCACACAUCUGCCAAAAGAGGUCCAGAAGUUAACCAAUAUGCAAAGUUUGACCCUCUGCUUUUAUGAAUAUCGUGUCAAGAAGAACAUGCCAUAUUCUUGCUCAACAAUUAUUCCUUCUGGCGUGCUAUCUAAACUCAAGAGGUUGGAACAUUUGUGUAUUGGUGUAAACCCUGAUGAUGAGCGGUGGGAUGAGAAUCUGCAAGUUAUUCUACCAGAAAUAUUGGGAUUAGAGUGUUUGCAAACUCUCAGUAUGUAUAUCCCACAACCGGAACUUUUGAAGCUCAUACCGGCCCACAUUUUUGAGCUUGAUUUCAGGUUCAUUGUUGGUCGUCAUAUGCAGCGGAUUAUAUCAAGCAUACCACCUGCCACUGAUGUGAAAUUUAAACAAAGUGACUGCAGCUUAAAAUUUGUAAAAGGUGAGGGUGUCCCAGAUGAAAUCAAAACGGUUCUUAGACACAGCAAGGCUCUUUUCUUGGAUAGGCAUUUCACCUUGAAGAGUCUUUCUGAAUUUGAAAUGAAAAAUUUAGAGCAACUAAGGGUGUGCAUAUUGGCAGAAUGCAAAGAAAUGCAGACAUGUGGAGGUGGAGCAAAAGAUGAAGAUGACAUGCUUCCGCAUUUGCUAUUCUUGAGUAUAUUCCACAUGAAGAACCUGAGAAGCAUAUGGGAAGGCCCAACUUCCCCUCACUCCUCAUUUGGUAUGUUACAGUCUUUGUCAUUGCAAAGUUGUCCCAAGUUGGUGACUCUCUUCUCUUUGGACUUUCUGGGAAAUCUUUCUUUGUUGAAGAAACUUAUAGUGAAGGACUGCCCCAAAUUAAGUACAUUGAUAAGUCAUGAAUCAUCCAAGCGCAAUUCACAUACUUUCCUCCCUAAAUUGAGCAAGUUAUUGCUUCUCCAUCUUCCUGAAUUGUCCAGCAUUUCAAACGGGUUGCAAAUUGGGCCUGGUUUAAAAGAAAUAGCAUUUUAUGACUGUCCAAAGUUGCACAGUCUUUCAAGGAAGGAAUUGGUAAGCAAAGAACUAAUGGCAAUAAAAGGAGAAACCAACUGGUGGAAGUCACUAGAAGGUCGAACGCCUAAUUUUAAUUGGAUUUUUUCCCCAAUUAAUGAAGAGGCUGACUUGAUGACUCAGUUAGGUAUAUGUGACGAUGACGAUAUUGAUAAUGGUCCAGGUGACUCAGUAGGUAAGCCGUCACAGCCUACAGGGAUUGCAACUUGUGUAUCAAAUUCACCGACUAGGAGAGGCAAAUAUAGAAGGCGUAGAAUCUCACAAAUUUGGGAGAUAGAGACAAGUUAUCUCACUGAUGAUGGAUACGCAUGGAGAAAAUAUGGUCAGAAACCGUUGUUCAACAAUAAGUACCCGAGAAAUUAUUACAGAUGCACUCAUAAGUAUGAUCAAGGAUGCACGGCCACAAAGCAUGUUCAACAGAUUGGCGAGGACCCUCCUUUAUAUAAAACAGUUUACUUUGGGCAUCAUACAUGCCGCCGUAGACCGUAGUCAACAUACAACUCUGUCUAUGAAAUAUGAAUAGAUGAUCUUCUACCGACUUAUCUCACACAUGAAGUACAAAUACAUCCAGUGUCAACCACUAUCCUUGGUGUAAACAAUGAAGUCAGGAAUUGUGAUAGCAUUUAAUUUUCAGAAUGAUAUAUGAUUAUUGAUUGUUAAUAAGUCAAUUCAUACUAUUAACUCCGAUCUUGGGAUUUAUUUCAAAGACUAUGGUUACAUGUUUGGUUUUAUAUUGCUAACAUUAAAUAUGAUCAUAAAAAUGUGGGAAAAUUUCAACUUCCUACCUUGAAGUAGGUUUCUUUUUUUGGUAUGAAAACGGGUCUAGGCUCAAGAAAAAAGGAUUAGAGUCAUUGAAUACAUCAGUUGUAAAUAAAGAGACUAAUUCAAAAGGUGGAACAUCUAUGAAUUUGCAUCCUAGUUUAAUGUUAAGACUUUGUUAAUGUUGAAAGCUUAACUCCCAGGGUCUGUAGAUGAAGCCUUGGAUUUCUUUGACGAUGGAGUUGUGACAGGUUGAAUUGGGCUUUAUGCUUCUAAGUUCCUCAAACACCUCUGCUGAAUCCACUUCUACUAUCAUACGUCUCAUACCCAUAUCAGCUGCCAUUCGGAUCCCAUUAAGUACACCAAGGAGCUCAGCUUCUUGUGGUUGGCAGCACCUUAUUUUAGCCAUGCUGGUUCUGAAAAUUCAACCACAACCUGACCUGCUAUCCUCUUCCUGAACUCAUCCAUCUGUAUUCAGUUUAAUCCAUCCCUCCAGAGGGGGUGCCCAUCUGGUUCUCCUCCUAUCAGCACAGCCGUAAGAAAAAGCUUCUGCUUCGCAGACGCCUUCUUAUACUCUUAUCGUCCCCUACCUUGAAGUAAGUUAUUAUUAUAAGGUAGCAUGGUAUGCCAUUGUAGAAGCCACCUUGAUUAGGAUUUUCUUAUAGUUGAAAGUUGAAACUUGAAACCAUAGUCAUAACAGUCUCUUUACAUUGUAUUUACAAUGACAGGACUACCAUUGCGUUGCAUACCAACUUACCCAUCAAAUUAUCUUUCAUAAUGUUCCUAAACUUUGGAUUGGGGAAGAUGUUACGGACCUGAGGUACGAUUCAUUGUGGGGCCUCUAAAUUGGAUUCAAAGUGAGCUUUCCACAUUUGGAAUGAUUGAGGAUGAUGAAAAUGAUGAAUGAACUAUAUACCAAUAUUAAUGUGUGCAGGGGUAAU